CCACAAAAUUUAUUACAGCACCCAGUAAUAAAACACUGCGUCACCACUUUAUUUCAAAAUCUUUCUUCCAAAAUUAAAGAUAAAUUAAAAUAAAGACAAGAUCAAUCAACCGUAUUAUUCGCUCCAUUGCUCAAAAAAAAAAAAAAAAAAAAAAAAAAAAAAAAAAAGUAGAUAAUUAAACUAAGGAGAGAGAAAAAAUCGCAGCUGAAUUAUAGAGAGAGAAAGUAGAGAGAGAAAAAAUGGUGAACAAGUGAAGUAUAGCAGAAAAGUAUCAACUCCAAUGCGAUCGAGCAAGAUCAUACUUCUCAAUUUUUUCAUUUUUAUUUUUCUGGGGUUAGUAUAACGAAUAGAGGAGCAGCAGAUUAUGGCAGACUUGGAAAACUUACUCCUAGAGGCAGCUGGAAGAACUGGAGGAUCAGGUAGAAGCAGGCACUCGGCUCCUUCAUCAAGAAGGCGACGUGAAAAUGCCUAUUCAGAUGAUGGGAGUGACUCCAAGGAUGAGGAUUCGGAUGACAAUCGGGGUUAUGGAGGAAGGAAGUCCAGUGGACCCCAAGUCCCAUUGAAAAAGAGGGGUAAAGACAGAGAUGAUGAUCAGGGCAGUCAGGAUGAUGAGGAGGGUGGGGAAGGUUCUGGUCGUGGGGGUGGGGGUGGGGGUGGAAGUGGGGAUGAUUCGGAUGUUGGGAGUGAUCUAUACAAGGACGAGGAUGACAGACAACAGCUUGCUCAAUUGACUGAGCUUGAGAGAGAGUUGAUCUUAUCUGAUCGAGCAACGAAGCUAGAUGAUAAGAAGUUGCAUGAAAGAGUUAAAUCAAGGUGGAAGAAUGACAGUAAGCCUCAACCUAAGAGAGAAAGUACUCCUCCUUUAGCUUCCUCUCGUGGGGUACGUACAUCUGCAAGGUCUGCUGACCGAGCAGCUCAUAAGGGCGAUAAGGCUGAAGCUUUGAAUGAGUUGCGAGCAAAGAGGAUGAGGCAACAGGGAAAUGAUGCAGCCAGAGAUCGUUCAGGGUCCCGGGGUUACUCACCUGUCAAAAGAAAAGCUUUUACCUCUACUGGUCUGAGCAGCUCAAGCCAGAGCGACAGUGAAAGUGAUUCUCAGAGUGAAGAUGGGAGAUCAAAAAGGGGUGGGAGAUUAGAUGAUAGUGAUGAUGAGAUGUCUAAGCCCAAGUCGAAUAUCCCCACGUAUGAAGACAUCAAAGGAAUUACAAUUAGGAGGUCAAAGCUAGCAAAAUGGUUCAUGGAGCCUUUCUUUGAGGAGUUAAUUGUAGGUUGUUUCGUAAGAGUGGGCAUUGGUAUGAAGUCUGGGCAGAGCAUCUACAGGUUAUGCAUAGUCCGGAAUGUAGAUGCUUCAGACCCUGAUAAGCAAUAUAAGCUUGAAAACAAGAUGACUUACAAGUACUUGAACUGUGUGUGGGGUAGUGAAAGUUCUGCUGCUAGGUGGCAGAUGGCUCGAGUUUCUGACUCUCCUCCUCUUGAAGAAGAGUACAUCCAGUGGAAGAAAGAGGUGGAGCGCAACAGUGGAAGGAUGCCUACUAGGCAAGAAGUUUCAGAAAAGAAGGAAGAAAUCGAAAAAACAAACUCUUUUGUUUACUCUGCAGAAACUGUGAAGCAUAUGUUACAGGAGAAAAAAUCUGCUGCAACAAGGCCCUUGAACAUUGCAGCUGAGAAGGAAAGGCUGAGAAGAGAAAUGGAAGCAGCACAAUACAGGAAUGAUGAAGCUCAAGUGGCGAAAAUUAAGGCUAGGUUAGAGGAACUGGCAGCUGUUCGGCUAGCACAGGAUAAUAAAAAUUCCAAGGCGCACAGACUGUCAGAGAUGAAUAGAAAGAAUAGAGUUGAAAACUUCAAGAAUGCAUCAGAAGUGAAGCCAAUGAACGCUAACCUCAAAUCGGGAGAAGCUGGUUAUGAUCCCUUCUCUAGGAGGUGGACUAGGUCUAUUAAUUAUUAUUCUGCAGGUGAUAAGAACAAGGCAGCUGGUGGAGCUGAAGAAAGUGCCGAGAUCAAGGGAGGAGAGAAGUCUGGAGUUGUUGCCACAGUAGCAGCCUUAGAGGCUGCCGCUGAUGCUGGAAAGUUGGUGGAUACAAUGGCCCCUGUGGACCAAGGGACAGAAUAUAAUAUGCUGCACAAUUUCGACUUACCAAUCUCAUUGAACACACUGCAGAGGUUUGGAGGAGUGCAGGGUGUUUUAUCAGGAUUUAUGGCUAGGAAGCAAAGGCUUGAGGCAACAAUGGGACUUCAAGUCCCAGAGAAUGAUGGUCGUAGACAUGCAUUGACUCUGUCAGUGAGUGAUUACAAAAGGCGAAGAGGUCUGCUAUGAGUUAGUGUUUGCUUAGUAUCUGUUCAUGUUGGACAUUUGGUUUAUACCCAGGACAGAAUCCCAGAUGGGUUUAUUGAUGGGUUGUCCAACUAUUGUAAGUUUGUAACAUUAGAAUCCACACACACUAUUUAUUUUCCAUUAUGAUCUAAUAACCUCAUACUCGUAUUUCUGUAGUGCUCCAAGCCUAUAAUGUCUCUGGUGAACUCGUGUAUUAACUGAGAUGGACUCAAUUCAGGUUAUAGUGGUAUUACUUCUUGUGGUAUUCAUCCUCAUUCCUAGCUUGUUUUUCAACAGCUUUUCGCUUGCUUGUAUCAUAGUUGAUUAGUUGAAAACUC